UGAAAUACGGAAGUGCUGUUUUAUGUCGUCUUUUGAUGACGUAGAAAAGAAGGGACGCUUCCUCAUGUCUGUAGUGUUUCAUAUUAAUUAUGGCAACAGUAAAAGUCAGUGAAGCUGAAAAGGUUUAUAUUUUACAUGGUAUACGCGAUGACUUGCGUGUGGACGGUAGAGGUUGUGAAGACUACAGACACAUGGAAAUAGAAACAGAUGUGGUGUCGAACACUGACGGAUCCGCAAAAGUGACUUUGGGUCAUACAGCGGUUCUAGUUGGAAUUAAAGCUGAAAUUGGAAAACCAAGACCCCUGGUGCCAGAUGAAGGAUAUUUGGAAUUCUUUGUUGACUGUUCAGCCAAUGCCACUCCUGAAUUUGAAGGAAGAGGAGGCGAGGAACUCGGGACGGAGCUGAGUAACACUUUGUACAAAGUCUUCAACAACAAGAACAGCAUAGAGCUGAAAAGCCUGUGCAUCAGUGCAGGAGAACACUGCUGGGUGCUGUAUGUAGAUGUGCUGCUUCUUCAGUGUGAUGGGAACUUGUACGACGCCAUCUCAGUGGCCAUUAAAGCCGCCCUGUUUAACACAAAAAUUCCCAGAGUGCACAUUUCUUCAGAUGAAGAAGGGACUAAAGAAAUCGAGCUGUCAGAUGAUCCGUACGACUGCAUGAGGCUCGACGUAUCAAAUGUUCCUUGUAUAGUGACCUUGUGCAAGGUGGGUCACAGACAUGUUGUGGAUGCAACCCUGCAGGAGAAAGCGUGCUCUGUGGCCAGUCUGAUCAUCUCUGUCACACAAAAGGGCACAGUCACCUGCAGCAGGAAAGUGGGCGGAGGUAGUCUGGACCCAGAGAGUAUCUUUGAAAUGACAGAGGCAGGUAAACGGGUUGGAAAAGCUCUUCAUGCUCCGCUCAUGAACCUGCUGCAGCAGGAGGAGAGUUUGGGAAAGAAAAGACAGAAAGUUGGUUUCUUGGGUUAGGACUGUGCCUCAGUACCUACACUGUAUAUGUUCAUGAUCAUUUGAUUUUCUAAUAAAAUUUAAAAUUUCUUGUGAUUUAUAA